AUGGAUAAUACUACCUAUACAUCGAAUGAAUGGUAUAGUAUAAUUCAAAAUUGGAGAAAUCAGAAAUUUUAUGCUCCAAUACCAUUAAACCAAACUUCAUCUCAACAAUCAAGUAAUUUAUCAAUAUUUUCACCAUUAGUAAGUGGUGCAUUGCAAAUUUUAACAGAUGACUCAAAGUCUACUCAACAAUCAGCACAAUUAUCACCUUCCUCAACACAACAAACUGGUUCACAACAAUCCACAUCAUCAGAUACAUCAUCAGCAAGCUUUAUAAUUAUAGAAAAUUUAUUAAAAUCUUUAAAAAAUGAAAAAGAUGAUAUACUUCGAAUUAAUUUAUUAUUGUUUCUUCAAGAGAACUCUAGUAUCCUUUUAGAAGAUGACUCGAAAAGAUUAGACAGAGUAAUAAGCAUUCUUCAAUCACUAAUAACAUCUCAAACCGAAACCUAUCCAGUUAAAUCUCAAGUAUUAACAACCAUUACAACCAUUUUUAUUUGUGAAAGUAUCAUCAAAACAAAUCCAAAAUUAAUUGAGACUUUUAUAGAGAUUUUAAUGGAUAUAAUCAAAAAAAUAAAUAAUAGUCCUGAUAGACUAUUAAGAGGUUCAGCAUGUAAUUGUUUAUUGGAAUUUGAAUUAACCUAUCCAUGUUUACUAUCGGAAUAUAAAAAAACAAUUACAGAUUAUUGUCAACAAGAGAAUACCCAUUUAAUUCAAAACUAUACAGUUUUAUUAUCAACUAUACUACAAAAUGUUACACUAAGUACAUAUGAAGAAGCAUCAUCACAUCAACAAAAUGCAAAUACCAUAAUAAACUCUACAAAUAAUAGCAAUAUUACAAAUCAAAGCACACCACUUAAUACAAUCGUAUCACCAAAUACAAAUACCAUUAGUAUUCCAGUUUCACCAGUCUCAACACUACAAAUCAAUCAAUUAAAUCAACAACUAACGCAAUUGCAAAUGCAACAACAACAACAACAACAACAACAAUUAUCAUCAUCAUCAAAUAAAUCAUAUAUGGCAUCUCCACAAUUAUCUUAUUCGUCAUCAAAUAGUUUAGCAUCGGCAGGUAAUAGUUCUCAAAACUCAUUAAAUUACUCCAGUAGUAGGAGAUCCCAAAUGUUUCCGUUACCACUACCAAAUAGUGUAUUCACAGAUACAGAUCCUAAUCUUCGUGGGACUUCAUUUGCCAUCCCACCUAAUGUAAAAUACUCGCCAAUCUCUUUAGAAAAAAUAAAUAACGAAAUGAUCAUUAGGCAUUUGUCAAAUGUUAGAUUACCAGAUUCAUUUGAAAAAGAUGUAUUUACCUGUGCCUCUAUAAUUGCAGAUCAAUCAGCAUAUCUAAAUCAAUGGGGUUUACUUACAAGUGUUCAACAGUUGGUCCCUCUUAUUGAUAUUGUUAAUAUUCCACACAACUUUUUUAAGAACCAUUUACAUUUGCUCUACAAAUUAUUUUUCACCAACAAUACAGUACAAUUUCAUAUGAUCCUCUAUUUGACAUUAACUUUUCAGGACCUAUACAGUCAAGCUGAAUUAGACUACUGCUUAAAACGUAUCAUUGGCAUUAUCAACGACAGCUCGAUAUCAUUAGAGAACAGGGUUUUAACAAUUGAUUGGUUUUUAUCUUUGCCACAAAAACUAAACAAAUCAAUUCUAAUCAACCAAAACCCAUCACAACCAUCUCAUCAACCACCAUCACACCUAUUACCAAUUUCAAUAUUCCAGUUCUAUCCAAACUUUUAUCCAAGCUCAUUCGAUAGUAUUCAGUUAAAAGAAUCAAAGCUCUAUACAUUAUGUAAAUGUUUAAUUGCAUCCCCAACCAAUUUAAAUAUACAACCAGAAUAUAAUACUAAUAUUAAUUUGUUAAUUAGGGAAUUAUUAAAAUCCUUAAUCUGUUUAGACGAAUUUAAACACAAUAGCGAAGCAGCUUUGUCAACAAGAAUAGUUUUUAGUUGUUUAUUAAUGUUUUUAACAAACUUUUCAAAUUUAAUGUUUGGAUGUGUUGAAAUUUUCCUAUCAGAGACUCUUAUCAACUAUCCACAAUUUUUAAAUGUUAUCAUUGGUUUGUUGAAUGGUGUGAAUAAUAACAAGAUAAAAAUUAAUUUAUUUUUAUCACUUUCAAAAACAAUUGUAUUAUUAAAACCAUUAAGAUUUUUACAAUAUUUACCAUUAGUCGAAAGAAUCAUUGUCGAAGAUCAAAUUGAUCCAACUGGAUUAUUAGAAAAAACAUUUGAUUUGGUUAGAAGAAAGAAAAUAUGUACAAGUGGUAAUUGGUUUAUAGGUAAUAUUAUACUUUCAAUUUGCAGAAGAGCAAUAAUGUUCCAUCAUACAACUAUUGUAGCUAAACCUUUGAAAUUAAUAUUAUCAAACCUUUCAUCAUAUUUUUCAAAUCUUGAAAUCAGAGAUAGAGCCUCAUUUUACCAACGUUUAAUUUCACAUUUACCAGAUGAUAAAAUUAAAAUUAUACUAAAUACCCAACAAAAUGAUGAAGCAAAUGUUAGUGGAUUAUUAUCAGCACCUUUAUCAUCAGAUAAAAAUAAAUUAAUUAAAUCUGUUCCAAAUUUUAUAUCAAUAUCACAAAUUAAUAAUAGAGAAAUUUCAAACUCAAUUCAACCAUUAUCAAUUUUCGAACCAGUUUUAUCAAGCAACAAUACAGCUACAGAAGAAAACAAAGAUUCAUUUGAUGAUGAUUUUAAUAAUUAUUUAUCAUUAAUUAGAGACCAUAAUAAAAUCGAAGCUAAAAUUAUUAUUCCAUAUCAAAUUCGUUAUAAGAAACAUAUUAGUGGUUCAAGUGGCAACAGCGGCAGUAGUGGUAAUAGUGGUGCAAAUGGUAGCUCUGGCAGUAACACCAAUAAUAAUCAAACGACAAUUAAUAACUUUAAUAGCAAUGGUAUACCAUUAAAAGUAUAUGCAUUAUUAAUUCAACUUCAACAAUCACCAUAUUAUUCACCAAUACACCCAAUUAGAAUUCCAUAUUUAUGUUAUCCUUCAUUAAAUGAUUUUGAUAAUAAUAGUAAUAGUAAUAAUAAUAACAAUAAUAAUAGUAAUAAUGGUGAUUCAGAUGAAAAUAACAAUAAUGAAAAUAAUAAUGAAAGCAAAUUUAAAGAAUUUCCAUAUUGUUAUGACAUAGAUUUAUCAUUUAAACCAAUCUAUCCAAUUCCAACAAGCUUUUCAAUCAAAAUGAUAUUCAAUGAUGAUGAAGGUAAAACAUGUAAAUCAGAUGGAUCAAUUAUUUCAAUCCAACUAUCAAGUUUAUUUAUGAAAACCCCAAUUCCCUCACACAUUAUCGAUUCUGAAGAUAUCAUCUCCAAAUUCAGGUUAAAUUUAUUCAAUAAAUUUUGGUCGUUAUCACAACCAUCAAUCAUAGCUCCCACCAACAAUUAUCAAAUUCAAAUUACAAACUCUGUUAAACAAAUUAACAUCCCUAAUAAACAAAUUAAAGAAAUUUUAAAUUCAGAAUUAUCAAACUAUAUAGUUAUUGAUGAAGAAAAAGAAAAUAAUGAUAAUAAUAAUGACGAAAAAGAAAUUAUUAAAGUUUUAAUAUUUUUACCACCACAAUUCCAUUUAUUACUUCAAUUUGAAAUUGGUAAGGAUUCAACAAUCAUUUAUAUUAAAACUGAUUACUGGAGAUGUUUAGUAUAUUUAGAUCAAUAUUUAUCAAAUUUAUCAACAAUUAUUAAUAAAAAUGAAUAA